UUGAGUUUAUGGUUUAAUGGUUACUAUUUAAAAUUUAAUAUUUAAUGGCUGAGGUUGGAUUUCUAAAUUUUUUAUAAAUUGUUUUAAAACAUUGUAUAAAUGAUCUACGAGAAUUAAUUUAAUUAUUUUAUUACAAAUUUAAAACAUUGAUGAUAAUAAUUAUCUUAAGAGUAAAUUUGAAAAAAUUAUAUCAAAACUGUGUUAAUUUUUUUUAUCAAAAAUCAGUUGGUUGUGAACAUAUACUGAGAGUGCUUUUCCACAGGGCCCUUUUUCCAAUUUUUAAAGAAGUUAGGAUCUUAAUCUAGUAGAAUACAUAAUAAGAUCUUAAUUUGUUAGAUUAAGGAUAGAUUUGCAACCGUUCUUUAAAUACAACCAUCAAAGAUAUAAUCUUUAAUUUUAUGAAGCCACAAACUGAUGUGAUACAAGUACCGUCCGGAAACAAACUCUUGAACUAGAACCGAGUCUACAGGGGCUCAAGAGACAAAAGAAAGAAAAAAGAGGCUAAAAGCCUACUGGAGAACAAACAUAACUUCAAGAUAGAUAUAUGAAGCUUAAUCCGGUAAAUUUAUAUCAGAGGUAUUUUUUUUUUUGUGCACAACUCAUUUGAUUAAUAGAGAAAGAUUUCAGGCCCAAGUCAACCCAAAAGAAGGUCCACUACAGAAAUACAAAGAAGGAAUUGCUUAGCCAACGCAUCGGCUUUUUUAUUAAAGUCGCAAGAAAUGUGAGAAAAAAUGAUUUUGACGAAAGCAGAGGAAAUUUUUUGGAUACCACACACGAUUCUUUGAAUUUCCUUAAUCUGCAUGUCAUGUUGAUAGCUCGAAUGAGCGUUAGAUUAUCGGAGGACAUCCUUAGAGAAGUGAUCUCGAGGGUCGCUGCCUUGAUGAGAGCAAGUCUUCGGCCACCAGUGGUGAUUUGUUGUAGUCUUGGGUGCUUGAUCCUUCCACCGCUGAACUGAAUCCGGAUCCGGUGAAGGUCCAUGCGAGGCCAGCUUGUAGCGUCUCCUUGUUCCAAGCAGCAUGUGGUCCAACUACUCUUUGAGCCGGGCCUAUCAACAAUAUAAAACUCAAAUUAUUUUGGAGAAGACAGUUCAAUAUUGUCACGUUUAUAGGUAUUGAUGAAAACUGUAAUUUACAAUUUACUCUUUUAAAAACCCGACAAUAUUUUUAAUCCACGUUUAUAUUGUCUGCAUGUAGAAUAAUACACAUUGUCACUUUUUUUUUUGGUAAAAACAUUAGAGAAGACAGUUCAAUAUUGAGUAUAUUGUCGGGUUUUCAAAUUAGAAAACUGUGGUCACAAAUUUACAGUUUCAGUCAGGAAACCAGUUCAAAGUCAUGCAAUAAAAAUGGUUAAAGUAAAUAGUAAUUAAUAGACAUUUAAAACAUAUAUAGUAGUAUCAAGCAUUUCGUUUUAUAAUAAUGUUUAUAAACUUGACGAAAUUUGACCCAAUAAAACCAUUUUUUCUGGUGUUUUGGAUUAUGUACGUGAUAAACCCUUUUUUUUUUUUGAACCCAGGCUCUCUGCGAACAUCACCAGGUAAACCCUUUUUUUUUAACGACCAUCAUGUUAUGUUAAGCUAGAUGGACUUCCAAUCUAAAACCAAUUGGUACUAAGUGGAGUGGCCCAUCCAUCUUAUAUAUUGCUAAGGAUCCCUUCCAAUAUUCGAUGUGGGACAUUUAUCCCUAAUACGCCUCCUCGAGAUGAUGGCUCUUUGAGUAUCAAUCUCGGAAUGCUCGGACAAGGAUCGAUGGGCUGACUUUGGGCUGGAUCGAUAAUGGAUCGAAUUGGACUGUAUGGAUCAGGCUCUGAUACCAUGUUAAGCUAGAUUGGUUUAGUAGGUCAAAAUUUUUGUUUUAUACAGAACAUAAAAGGAAAUGCAGAUUUGUUAUUCUGUUUUAGUAGGUCAAAAUUUUUUAGGUGUAUUGUGCCUUCUACGUAUAGUAGAUCAUUUUGUCUUAGGUAGAAUGCAUAUUCUAAAUUGUCGUAGAUGAAGAUUUGAUAUUCUAACAUAUUUAGUCCAUUUUUAAAGUUCUAUUCUAAAUAUUUUUUUAAUCCAAAAAUAUUUUUCAUAUAUGCACAUGUUUGAUAACUUCAUGGUUUAUAUUUUUCUUUAUUUUUUUGUAUUGUAAAUAUAUUGAUAUGAAUUUUUAUUUACAAGAAGUGUAGUGAAAAUCCAAAAGUGACAAAAUUUGAUUUUGUACUAAAAGGGACAAUAGCUAAGUUUUUCUGUUCCUUAUUUCCAAAUUUCCCAAAAAUUAAUGACUAAAGUUUAAGAGAAUCGUCUUAGUCACCUCUUCGUAAUUUUGAAUAAGUCUAUUUCAGUCUCGAGUCUAAUAAGGUGGCCUCUUUGACUUGUCCUCGAGAUUUAGUAGUAUUCGAUCAAACGAUAAAUUGUUGGGUUGAAAAAUUAGAAUGUUGAUAUUCAAAAAACAUGUUGAUGAUUAGUAAGCUACACAACAACAAAAUAGAAUUUUCAAAGAUGAUAAGUAAAAACUAAAAGUUUUAAUAUUAUUAUUUGAAAAUUUGAAUCCUAAAAAAUUAAAAAAAAAUUAAAAUUUUAUUUGCAAAAAAAAAAUUUUAAUUUAAAUUUAAAUCCUAAGUCCCACCCUCCAAAAUAUAAAAUUUAAUAUACAUUAGUUAAUAAUCGGAUUAUAAGUAUAUUUUAUUGUUUUUGAUGAAACUUAUUUUACUCAUUUUAAUUUUGAAGACGUUUUUGUGAUACAAUAUUUUUAGUACUAUGCUAAUAUAUAUUUAUUUAUUUUUGGUCUAAAUGUUAAAAGCUAAAUAUAUUUCUUUUUAAUGCUAUCUUAAGAUAUUUUCUAAAAAAUGGGAUAAAAAAAAAAUUGAGAUUCACUCGUAGAAUUUCAGUAAUUUAAUAAGAGUGGUUAUCAAAAGAUCACACACGUUUGUUUCUUUUUGGUAAAAAAAAUCACACACACGUAUGAUAUGUUGUUUAAUUGUUUCCUUUAUACCCUUCCAAUGUUUUAAUAUAAUUUUUGGUUUUAUUAAUUUUUUUUAUGGAAUAGAGCCAGAUUUAAUUAUAUGUCAGUUAAAAAUAUUUCCAUAACUAAUUUUCAUCACUAAUAUAUUUAGAAAAUUGCUUGAAAACAAGAAGUUGACUACCAAUUUUCAAAAAUAUUUUUUUUAAAAUAUUUCAAGCUUAAGAUGGUUAAUUUAGUUUUUUCAUCAAAAAUUUAAAAUAUUUAUGAAAAUAAUUAUUUUUAAACGUAAAUUUGAAAAGCGUUAUCAAAUUUGUGGUAAAAUUAGAAUUUUCCACAUAUUUAUGUGUUACAAUAAAAAAAAUUAGCCAACACUAGUUAUAUUUUAUUUAGGAUUCUUGACAUAAUUUAAAAUUUUAUUCAUUAACUUUAUUUAAGAAUUUUAUCAUAAAUCAAGUUUUCAUCAUAAAAAUUGUAUAUUUCAUGAUAAAAAAAAUUUGUAAUAUUUUGUACUAAAUCAUAUCAUUUUUCAUGAGAAUAAAGUACGAUGACGGUUAAACAAUUUUUCCAAAAAAUAUUUUUCAAAUAAUGUUUAAAUAAUAUAUGUUGUCACCGUUCAGACCCCCUACGUCUCUUUUCAAGACUUCUGAAUUCACCGUCCCUUGUCGCAUAGACAAACCCGUUCUUCUUAUACUUAACUCUCAUCGUAUCUUAUCUUCUCUCACACAAACAAAUUAAUAACAGUCUUUAAAAAAAGAAAAAGAAAAUGUCGUUAACUCUGCUUAUCUUCAUGUACAUACUCGUCUCCCUCGUCUUCUCCGGCUUCGCUUCCUCUCAAAAGUUAGCCACAGAUGAAGUGGACGUUUUAAGAGCCAUAGCGAAGGGCUUACACCAAAAUAACUGGGAUUUCAAUGUGGAUCCAUGCGGCGUCGCUUCAACCGUAGGAGGUUGGAGAAUACCUAACGCCGACAGUGACUUUACAAACGCUGUUACUUGUAACUGCUCCUCCUCCGUUUGCCAUGUCGCCAGCAUAGUUGUCAAGGGACAAAACCUUAAUGGAUCUCUUCCUAAAGAGUUUGCAGGACUUCCUUUUCUACAGGAGAUUGAUCUGUCUAGAAACUUUCUCAAUGGUUCAAUUCCUCCCGAAUGGGGAGCCUUGCCACUUGUAAACCUUACCUUACUUGGAAACCGAAUAACUGGUCCAAUCCCAAAAGAGAUUGGAAACAUUACAAGCCUUGUGAGCUUUGUCUUGGAAUUCAACCAAAUCUCAGGGAAUUUACCUCCAGAGCUGGCGAAUCUACCAAAUGUUCGAAGAAUGCUUCUUAGCUCGAACAACUUGAGUGGAGACAUCCCAAGUACAUUCUCCAAACUUAUAACAUUGACCGAUUUCCGUAUAAGUGACAAUCAGCUAACUGGUACAAUACCAGAUUUCAUCCAGAACUGGACAAACCUUGAUAAAUUGGUUAUUCAAGCUAGUGGUUUAGUCGGACCAAUUCCUAGUACCAUUAGUCCUCUUAGCAAGUUAACAGACUUGAGGAUCAGUGACUUGAGCGGACCAGAGUCUCCAUUUCCGCCACUUCAAAACAUGACACUGAUGAGGACAUUGAUUCUUAGGAACUGCAACAUUACAGGAGAGUUACCUGCGUAUAUUGGACAGAACACAUCAUUAAAACUCUUAGAUCUUAGCUUUAAUAAACUAAGUGGACCAAUUCCGGUAGAAUAUAGAGCUCUUUCCAACGUAGAGAACAUGUAUUUUACAAGUAACAUGUUAAAUGGGGAAGUACCAAUUUGGAUGAUAGACAGAGGAGAGAAGAUUGAUCUUAACUACAAUAACUUUACUAAUGAUCCAACAACCGCACAAUGUCAACGAAAUGCUGUGAAUAUGUUUUCAAGCACAAGUCCUUUACUUGCAAAUAACUACUCAAACGUUUCAUGUCUGAGUAGCUAUAAAUGUCCCAAAACUUUCUAUGGCCUUCAUAUAAACUGUGGUGGUACUGAACUUACAAUCAAUGGGACUAAGUAUGAUGCUGAUACAUCGGCUAGACCAAUCUUCUACGACAGUGGAAACGGUUGGGUUUCUAGCAACACCGGGAACUUCUUGGAAGAUGCUCGGUCUCCCAGAGGAUCAACCAUAUGGGAAAAUACGUCAGAGCUUACGAUAGCAGAUCCUAGUCUUUAUACACAUGCAAGUCUAUCAGCCAUUUCACUUACUUACUACGCAUUGUGUCUUGGACAAGGAAAUUACACUGUUAAUCUUCACUUCGCUGAAAUUAUGUUCAGUGACGAUGAAACGUAUAGAAGUUUGGGAAGACGAUUCUUUGACGUAUACAUUCAGGGAAAGCUUGUGGUUAAGGAUUUCAAUAUAGUAGAUGAGGCAAGAGGUGUUGGAAGAGCUGUGGUUAAGAGCUUCCCGGUCAUGAUUACAGAUGGGAAGCUUGAUAUAAGAUUGUUCUGGGCUGGUAAAGGAACUCAAGGUCUUCCUACAAGAGGUGUAUAUGGUGCUCUCAUAUCAGCUGUAUCUGUAAAUCCAAAUUUCAUUCCACCUAAGGAAGCUGGCACUGGAAGUGGUGGUGGAAGCUCUAUUGGCACGUUGGUUGGUGCUGUACUUGCUUCAACGGUAUUUCUUGUGCUUUUAAUCGGUGGUAUCUUAUGGUGGAGAGGUUGCUUAAGACCCAAGAGUCAGAUGGAAAAAGAUUUCAAGAACUUGGAUUUCCAGAUAAGUUCCUUCUCGUUGAGACAAAUCAAAGUUGCUACAAACAACUUUGAUCCAGCAAACAAGAUCGGAGAAGGUGGCUUUGGACCUGUACACAAGGGAACGUUGGCAGAUGGAACCGUAAUGGCUGUAAAGCAGCUAUCAUCAAAAUCAAAACAAGGGAACCGAGAGUUCUUGAACGAGAUUGCUAUGAUAUCUGCUCUACAACAUCCACAUUUGGUUAAACUGUAUGGAUGUUGCGUCGAAGGUGACCAGCUCUUGCUAGUCUACGAGUACUUAGAAAACAACAGUCUCGCUCGAGCACUUUUUGGUCCUCUAGAGACUCAAAUUCGACUAGAUUGGCCGACGAGGCACAAGAUCUGCGUUGGAAUAGCAAGAGGAUUAGCUUAUCUUCAUGAGGAAUCAAGACUCAAGAUCGUACACAGAGACAUUAAAGCUACUAAUGUCUUGCUGGACAAGGAACUCAACGCAAAGAUUUCGGAUUUCGGUCUUGCUAAGCUUGAUGAAGAAGAAAACACACACAUUAGCACACGAGUCGCAGGAACAUACGGAUACAUGGCUCCGGAAUACGCCAUGAGAGGUCAUUUGACAGACAAAGCAGAUGUCUACAGUUUCGGAGUCGUUGCCCUAGAAAUCGUCCACGGAAGAAGCAACACGAUCACACGUUCCAAAGUCGAGACCUUCAACCUUCUUGACUGGGUACACGUUCUAAGGGAACAAAACAAACUGAUGGAAGUAGUUGACCCGAGGCUUGGAACAGAUUACAACAGAGAAGAAGCAAUGACCAUGAUCCAGAUAGGGAUUCUCUGCACCAGUCAAGUUCCGUCGGAAAGGCCGUCCAUGUCAACGGUGGUCAGCAUGCUCGAAGGAAGUUCUACGGUGAAUGUUGAGAAGCUUCUUGAAGCUUCCUUACGCAGAGAAAACAAGAAAGACGAAGAGAGCAUGAGCGCAAUGAAGAAGCAUUACGCGAUGACAGAGCAGCCUAUCAGCGCCGACGGACCAUUCACGUCUUCUUCCACGUCCACGGCCAACGCCAGCGAUCUUUAUCCUCUUAAGCUUGAUUCUGCUUACUGGAACUCUAGAGUUUAGUUAUGAAUUAUGUUUUUGCAAAACAAAAUAUAUAAUAAUUAUGGAGGAAAUAAUUAUCUUUGUCUGUUUUCCUUUAUGUAAUUUUGUGGGGGUUAUAAGUAUUUUAUAGUACACAUAUUGUUUCUUAGGCUGUUUCCUUUUAAAAAUGUUUCAUGUCCGAUCUAAUACGUUUGGCGAUCGAUUCGCUGAACCGUUUUGAAUAGAACAGGUGUUUGUUUAAAAAAACAUGAUAAGAGAUACGAGUUAGACAAAUUAUUGUUCUUCUGUUAGCAUCUUGUUUUUCGCUCCCCUUGCUCCCCUUGCUCCCCUUGCAUUCGAUGUAUGAUUGGACUUUUACUUUUCAAAAUAUAAUCUCAUUUUAAGCUACUAUAUACAAUAAAUCAAAUAUUAUAAUCAGUAUAGAACGCUUCACUUUUGUUACACAUAAAAAGCGCUAUCUAGAUUACAAUUAGAAUUAGGAGUGUUUCAAAAAGAAAAAAAGAAUUAGGAUACCAGACUACCAGUCCACUAUGGUACCACUCAUAAGUCAAACACACCGACGAUUCUAUCUACUCAUCUCUUGUUAGGUAUGCCUGGGACGAAUCCGGAUAUUCGGGAAAUUUAGGUAUUCGGAUCUUUAUCCGUGGAUUUAAUAUCCGAAUAUGGAUUUGUAGUUUUUCUAUAUCCGGAUUUCGGAUAUCUGUCUCUAUAUUCUAUUACCCGCGGAUAUUCGGAUUCGGAUCCGGAUCCGUAAAAAUAAUUAAAAAUAUUUAUUUUUAAAUUACUAAAUUUUUUAAAAUAAUACAUAAAUUAAAUAUUAAUACAAGAUUUAUAAAUAUAUAUAUGUCUAUAAUAUUGUAAAAACUAAAAUAUAAUAUUAUAAAAUUAAUUUAUGUAUAAAUAUUAAUAUGUAAAAUAAAAAUAUUAA